CCGACCUCUCAAGCGCGCCCAUUUGGCCGAGGCGGAAGGCGAACACCUGGCCCGAGCCCUUUCGUCAUCCGGGCGCUUUCGCUCCCAGCCGCGGCUCUGGACUUGUCCCGGGAGAGGCUUCUCUGAGGGACCGGAGGGAAGGACGCAUGCCCGGAGUUUGCCGCGGAGGGAAGGCGUCUUGCCAUGCGAAGGGCUUCCCCGCUCUUGAGAGGAAGCGAGUCGGCCCGGUAAAUAUGGUCAGUCAUGUCGUGGCUGGCUUGCUGGCUGGAUGAACUCCAGCGGUUCUCGCUGCUCUCCUUGUUUACAGCCGCUUUGGCCAUCCUGACUGUCUACCUGGUGCAAUAUGGCCUGAGCGUCCUGCGGCAAGGCGGUGGGAAGCCGCCUCCCCGGCCGUCGCGCCCGGGACUUCUGCAAGAGGACGAGGGGGGCUCCCUUUUCACCUGGCUGAUGUCCCUGGACAGCUGGAAGAGCGAAUGGCAGAAAGCCUGGAUCGCAGCGCUGAACAAGGAAGCUGGAUUGCGGGAGAACACCUGCUUGUUUACAUUUGAUGAAGAUGCAGCUCAUCAGAAUCAAGAGCUUGGAGUAGAAGGAGUAAGAAGUGUAGUAAAAUCUGCUGAAGAAAAGGUGGUUUCCUGUAAUGUAAUUGGAAAUUCCUUCCAUUUUCUUGUCAGUGUAUACCAAAUUGCACGUCUUACUGGAGAAUGUCAGUCUUACAGAGUAAAACUAUCUCCACUUCAUUUGCAGCUGAAACUUUCAGCAAAAUCUGAAGAGGAAGACAUCCAGAUCAAGUGGUCUUUCAUCUAUUCCUCUGAAACAAAUAUUGAAGUUAAACCUACUAAUGUGCAAAAAGAUCAGACUCUUGGGACAUGCACUGUAUUAGAAACAUUUAAAAGUGUGUUGCAGAAUCUCAUCAGUUGCACAUCACCUGUUAUGAUUCUGAGUACAAGAUCUACUGAUAUAAAAGGAAUACAGAAUACAGGGGCCAUUCCUCAGGGUGCUAGUCCUCCUAAGCCUCCAAGGGCUCAUGAACUAAAAUUGCUCAUGAAAAAUAUCAAAGCAACACUCACCAGUCAUAAUAUUGCAGGUAUCAUUAACCCCAUUUGUAUAGUUCAACUCAAUGACCCUUUGCAGAAAUUUUGUAGCUCUUUUGCCAAUUACCCCAUGGACCUUUCUUGGAAGAAGGAAUUUAUUUUUGAGUUAAAUGCCAAAUCAACAGAGCUGCAAAUCAGCAUUACAGAAAAUGGAGAGUUGGAUGGUGAUUCUUCCGUUUCUGCUAAUGUUCCUUUGGAUUUAUUCAGGAAACAGCCUUCUGGACUGCAAAGUUUUGCAUUGAACAGCCAAAUCCGCAAUAAUAGCUCUGCAGUAGGAUCUGUGUCCGCAGAGGUAUUCUUGUACAUAGAACCAUCAGAAACCAAAUCACUGCAAGUUCCUGCCAAGCUUCCUGUUGCAAAAGUAGAAAAGGAUCGAACUGUCAUGCCUUGUGGGACUGUGGUCACUACUGUAACUGCUGUGAAAGCCAAGACUGCGGUGGAAGGGAGAUCAUCUGUUCUGCAUUCAGUUUCCCCAGUGCAAAGUCCUGCUAAACUGAAAGGGAUAGAAAAGGAUUUAUCCAUUCAAGCAAUCCAUUGUCAGAAUGUUUCAGUAAGCAAGGCUUUAUCUUCCUCCGAUACUGAGUUACUGGUGUUGAGUGGCACAGAUCCUGUGGCUGAAGUAGCCAUUCAACAGCUCAGUGAAUCUGCAAAGCAAAAGUUCAAAUCUCCCAGAAAAAAAAGCACCAUCAUAAUAUCAGGGAUUUCAAAGACUAAUUUAUCUCAGGACAGCAAAACUGCACUAAUGAUGGACUAUGCAGCAGCCAUGGAUGGCUCCUGUAAACAAGAUGAUACUUUUAGUUUUGAAGGGUGUCUUGCACAAUCCCCUUCUGAUGAAAAAGUAUCACUUGCUGCCUCCCAAACGAUAUCUGCCCUUGAAGAACCCCAGGAACACAGCCAUGGUGCCUGGACCUUAGAUGACAGCCACCAUCAAUGGCACAACAAUGCACUACUAGACCAAGACUGUGAUAAGAUAUCAGGGAGCUCUGUAAGCAUCUCAGAAUCUGAAAUUGUGAAGAAGUCCAAAGGUGGAAUAUUAAAAAAGAGUGCAAAGUUAUUUUUUCUUCGAAGACACCAUAAAAAAGACCCAGGAAUGAGCCAAUCACAUAAUGAUCUCUCCUACCUACAACAACCCAGAUCUGAUGGUACUCAAAAGAAAGGAGGAACCUUAACACGAAUUCUAAACAAGAAAACUAUUUUUAAGAGCAAAACCAAAUUGAAUGGCUCAUCAGUUGGACCACAUGCAUAAAUUCUAGAACCUGCCAAAUUGUAUCAGCUGCACAUGACUAAUUGUUUACAGAAAAAUGAACUACCAUAUCCUUUUUGAGCUUUACUAGCAAGGUAGUUUGCAGAAGAUAGCAAAGCAUAGAUAGGGAAUGAUUGGAUUUAGAACUAUGGUUACUAAACUGUAGAGAAUAACUCAUAUUUAUUUGGAAAUUAGCUAAUUUAAUUCAGUAGGCCUUAGUCUAAAAUAUACUGUAAUUUCUAGAAAUUAGGUUUAAAAUGCAUUUUUGCUUGAAAUUCAAGUAUAGCUGAGAGUUACAAUGAAAAACUAUUGCAUUAAUACAUAUCUGUGGUGGUUGCACUUUUAAAGAGCCACAAUGCAAAUUUUAAAUGGGCUGUUGUGCCUGCGGGAAAAUGGGAAAAACACAAGAAAUUGUGAUAAAGGUUGAAUGAUUUAAGAAAAUUGUAGGAGAGAUCCAAAAAUCAGAUGGAGUCUGGAUUCACCAUUGCAAACUAACACAUAUUGUUAAUAUGCAUAAGCUUUCAUGAACUUGAUGAAGGCUGAUGAAAUAAGAAGCAGCUCAUGAAAGUGUAUACCUUUUAAUGAAUUCUGAAAAUAUGCUAUCAUAUUCCUUCAGAUUUAUAAACUGGGAAACAUUUUACUGUGCAAAUGUAUUCCCAGAUAAAAAUGCAUAAAAUUUCAGCCUUAACAUGUUUCUGGAGGAAACAUAAAAUAUUGAAUUGGGAAACAUGAUACAGUAGUUGUUAAACACAUAUAAAUGGUAUUGCUUUUGAUAAGAUGCUAGUAAUGCAAACUGGCAAUUUAUAUAAUUACUUAAUAGGAAUAUAAUUUUUUUUGUUCUGUAGAUAUCCUUUUAGUCUAAGAUAAGGAACCACAGACUAUUGAAGCUUACUUUUCUUACUUCCACAAUACUUGGAAACAACAUUGCCAAUAUUGCAAUGUGCCUUGGAAAUCCUAAAAUAGAAUAUAUUAAUAAUUUAAUGGCAGCAUACUGAUAGGUGACAUUAGAGCAUGCUCACUCUUUUUAAGUUUCAACUAUUAUGUUUCUGUUUUGACACAGCUUGCUUAUUUGAAAAGAUAAGGGAAGUGUUCCCCAUUUCUUUAUAUUGGAUAUUAUAACUUGUUCAUCUAAAAAGAAAACAUUCCUUAGUGAUUUUGCCUAUCUUACCAAACAUUAUGUAUUCUGACUCAGUAGGGAUUUGCUGUGGAAUAUAUGGCUUGAUUGUAGAUCCUAGAAUCAAGUUCUAUUACAUUUGUUCAGGGUAAAUCUGGUGCCAGUUCCAUCACUGUGAUUUAAAUCAAUAAAUGAAAAUAAUUCGUUGAAAUAAA